CGGAAACACCGAAGGGCAGGGCCGAUGGCUCCUCCUCCGGCGCGACUAACGACGAGAUCACAGGGCAGGGGAAAAGGUUCUCAGAUGGGCCUGAUAGUUAGCAAAAGAGCAGCAUGGAGACCUCCCAGGAGAGCAUCAACGCUGAGCGGGGCUGGUACGUCUCUGCGCAGCAACCCGAAGAGGCGGAGGCGGAAGAGUUGAGUCCGUUGCUAAGCAACGAACUUCACAGACAGGGAUCCUCAGGUGUUUCAUUUGGUUUCUCAGUGUUUAAUUUGAUGAAUGCCAUCAUGGGAAGUGGCAUCCUUGGCUUAGCUUAUGUUAUGGCUAAUACCGGUAUCCUUGGAUUUAGUUUCUUGCUGCUGAUAGUUGCUCUCCUGGCUUCUUACUCAGUCCAUCUUCUGCUCAGUAUGUGUAUUCAGACAGCUGUAACAUCUUAUGAAGAUCUUGGACUCUUUGCAUUUGGAUUACCUGGAAAGGUGGUGGUGGCAGGCACCAUAAUAAUUCAGAAUAUUGGAGCUAUGUCAUCUUAUCUUUUCAUUAUUAAAACAGAGCUUCCUGCUGCUAUUUCAGAAUUUUUAACUGGAGACUACAGUGGAUCUUGGUAUCUUGAUGGACAAACACUACUAAUAGUCAUUUGUGUUGGUAUUGUGUUCCCUCUUGCACUUCUUCCCAAAAUAGGCUUUCUUGGCUACACAAGUAGUUUAUCAUUUUUCUUUAUGGUGUUCUUUACUCUUGUGAUAAUAAUUAAAAAAUGGUCCAUCCCUUGUCCUCUAACAUUAAAUUACUUAAAGGAAUGCUUCCAGAUUCCAAAUGUUACAGAUGAUUGUAAACCAAAGCUCUUUCAUUUCUCCAAAGAGAGUGCAUAUGCUAUACCAACCAUGGCUUUUUCAUUUCUGUGCCAUACCUCAAUAUUGCCCAUAUAUUGUGAACUUCAAAGCCCUUCAAAGAAAAGAAUGCAGAAUGUAACCAAUACAGCAAUUGCUUUAAGUUUUCUCAUUUAUUUUAUAUCUGCACUCUUUGGGUACCUUACUUUUUAUGGCAAAGUGGAGUCAGAAUUACUACAAGGUUAUAAUAAAUACUUACCACAUGAUGUUGUUGUCAUGACUGUGAAGUUGUGUAUCCUAUUUGCUGUGCUUUUGACAGUCCCUCUAAUCCACUUCCCAGCCUUCCAGAUGUGGAUCACUUUCAACAGAUUCUCAACCAUCUUUCAAGCAUUUGUGCCACACUUUUAUUUGUGGUGCACUCAUUGCAUCAUCCCUGAAAGUCUUCUGAAUCAUCCGAAUCGUUUCCACGGAGGAAUGUUCAAGCUUAAUGCAAAAUUUGAUGCAGAUUCAUUGCUCUACUAGCACAGUCAUUUUGAAUGUGACGGCCACACAGUACACAUGCUCACACAAUGGCGUCUGGCACCCCACUGAAUAGUACAGUGAAGUCGUAGUUGUUCACGCAUGUGCAUUCCAGUCCACUCUCCUUGGCUGCCAGGUUGCAUUGGUAUUGUGCAAACUGAUGUUUUCCUGACAGACUUUGUAGUGCUGUUUUCCUUGGCAUUCUGAAUCACUGCGUGUCUAUCAUCUGUAGUUCUCUCACUGCAAAUGUACGUAUUUCACUGUGUCAUUGCUCCAGAUGCUGUGUUAUUUUUUGGAAGGGCAGUAUGUGGAUAAAAGCGGCAGGAACGAAAAGUCCUAAAGGCAGAGACCAAGGUCCUUCUUUUCUCUGGGAAACUAGGGACAGUGGAGCUAUUUUUCCAUUCAGGAAUAUCCGCCUUAUUGGGAUUACUUGCAUUCCCAAGCAUGGGACUGGCUGGAGCAAUUGCCCUUCCUCCAACAGCAAUGUCACUUGAUUUCCAGGAGGUAAUUCCAUCUUCUUUGAGGUCACUGUCUGCAGUGCUGAUCUGACUCCUUUUUGGAUAUGUCACAACUGAAGGAACAGCUGGUCCAGCAUGGUCACUGUAACGUCUCUGCUUCUGGCUUGAAGAAACAGUUCUCUGUACUUCGUGUUGGGGAGACUGGCCACUGCCGAUGUUGAGAUCACUGCUCAGCCUAACCUUAGUAAGUGAAAGGUUGCCACUUGAGCUGGAAUCACUAGCAUCCAGCUCUGAAGAUUUUCUCCCCAACAACAAAUAUGUGGCUGUAAUUUCAUCAUAUUUCAUUUUACUAAAAGAUUCUUGAAUUUCUUGUGAAUAUCCCAUUCUCACCAAAAUGUCUAUUCUUUUCUGGUCUGAGAUGUCUAGUUCUGGUUCAACAAAUGGUUUAAGUUCAUCUUCCUUAUGCCCUGCAUUGAGCCACCUGUGCUUCAUGAUUUGCUCUAGAGUGCCUCAUUUAAUUUGAUUUAGCACCAGGAAACGUUUGAGAAGUUUUCUACCUUAGACGUAUAGAAAGGGAUUGUGAUAUUUCCCUCUUAAUAUGCUCAUUCUCAGUUCUUUCAAGUUUUGCCCAAAAAAGGGAAGUGAGCCAGUGACAAACAUAUACAGGAUCACCCUGAGACUCCAUACAUCAACCUUGGUAUUUCUUGCCCUGGAAGAGCUUUGGGGCUGAGUAUGGAAGACUGCCACAAAAUGUUUCUAGUUUACUGCCAAAAGUAAAUUCAUUGCUUAAACAAAAAUCUGCUAUUUUGAUGUUCAUAUAGAUUUU